AUGGCACACAUCAAUCCGUGCCCUAAUCCGAACAUCCCUCCCCUUAGGAUCGAGCUGUCCGACAUACCUUGCAAUGAGUCAGACAAAUACCCUGACGCCGUCAGGGCAGUCAAAGCUUACUGGCGACAAGCAACGAAUAUAACCAUUGAGGAUCAGAUCGAGUACAAAGGCCUCGUCGAGAACACACAUUGCCACAAUAAAGGAGGCUUGCCGUGGGGUCCAAUAUUUUUCGCCAUUUGGUCAUCGUGUGAAGCCUCACCCAUAUGGGCGAAGUUUUUUUUUAUUAAAUCGCUCUACUGCGUCCUACCACCUUCCUUUGACACUCUAAUGCUCUGCGUCUUUAAGUCGCUUCAGAUUGAGGACUUUGAAAAUGACUAUCGCACUCACAAUCCGGAGCCGAUCAGAGUGAAGAAGCACAAAGGACCUGAGCAACUCCAACCUCCGGAAGCAAAACUGAAGGUCAAUCGCAGCCAGCCGAAUGCCUCCUCUCCUCUAGAACAAUCAUCUCCCGUCGUUGGUGGCCCAGCUUCACCUGUCAACAAUCAACCCGUCACGCAACGUGAUCUUGAGAGACUGGAAAACCGCCUGAAAGAACACAUUGAUGGCCACAUCAAGAGAAUUAGAGAAGGCAUUCUUGCAAUGUUUGCAGAACAUGCAGAAUCUUGA